GGCACUGCCGCUCCAGAGCAGUCUGCUGUUGGCUCAUCCGAACUUCCAUGGGGGAUGGCACGUGAAGGCCAUGUCCACAGUGGCGGGCAGGGCAUACCAGGCGCAGGGGAUGGACAAUACUUUAUGGCAGAUUCGGCAAGCGCGUUGGCGGAUGAGAGGCCUGCAGCCGGCGUGUCCACCACACAUUUUGGGGCUGAUGGUCGUCAGACUGCGGCCUUUUCAUCACAGCCACGUGGCUUCCCCCCACCACAAGUGCAGGGGAAUCCUUCCACGGAUAGCCCCAGUCGUUUGUCGUUGCCAAGAUCACCAUCGCCACGUGGCCUCCACUCCUUGCAUGUGCACAACAAUCGGCGGUCGGACAGUCCCAUUCGCCAGCGCACACCUCCCGUCGACGUUGCGUGGGAAUCACCGACGAGCACAUCCGUUCCCACGGGUGUCGAAGAAGGUAAGGAGGAGGGGGCAUGCAUGGACGCCGGCAUGGGUGAUGCGUGGGCGGUUGAUGACGUCGACAUUGCUGCCACACAAUGCGGUGGAAGUGCCACGAUCGACAAAGAUAAUGAAGCAAAUAUCCCGGCUGCACAAGUGUCAGAAUCAACCGCCCAUGAACGCGGGGGUGCAGUGCCGGAUGGUGGUUUCCGUGGUGGAAAAAGCAAUGGAAAGGGGCAGCAAAAGAAGAGUUCGGGUGAUUGGGGGUUCGACGAGAGUCUGGCUUUGCUGCGCUUGCUAUUCGAAGAAGACAUGAUGCAACAACAAAGGCAAGGGAGGCAGAAGAUGAGGGGGAGGAAGGAGAAAUACGCGUGGAUCAUUAGCAAGCUUAAACAACUUGGUAUCGAUCGUGGGCAGGCAGAAUGUGAGAGGAGGUAUUAUCUCCUCCUCGACCACGCAAAAAGGAUCCGGGAUUUCCAUGGAUGUUCAGGAGAGCGCAUUUCUUGGAACAUGAGCAGGACAGAAAGGAGGGAGUGUUUCCUCCCUCUCACUUACGAAAAACAGUAUUUCGACGCCCUUCAUUCGAAGCUUCAGAAGAAGGACGGGUCCUGCGAGGGUCUCAUGCAGUCCGUUCAUCUGCAAGGAGGAGGCAGUAAUGCGAACACAGAUGACGACGAUAAUGGAGGAGGGGGGGAGUCUGGUGCGCCUCGCAGGAGGGUGGACAGCGAUUGUCGUGAUGGAUCCAAACACCGACACACCGGGGGAGGUCGAGGACAUGGUAGGGGGCGCUCAUCGGACAGUUCAUUGGAGGAACCACUCGGGAGCUCUUCGCCCUUUCAUUUACAGUCUCUUGUCGAUGCCACGGACCAACAAGCGGAGAAACUAGCUGGAGAGCUAAAAAGGUUGCAGGGAGAGUUGGAGAGCGCGAACAUGCGAGAGGCCGUCGCGCUUUCAAUAGCGGAAGAAACAGAAAGAACGGUGGCCGCACCGCGGGAGGAGGUGGCACGUUUGCAGCACCAGCUGUCACUCUACGAGGACGGCUCCAUGCAUUUGUCGGCCGACAGUCACAUAUUUGUGAGCUCUUUUCAGAGCCCUGGAGGAUUGCGGCCAGCCACCGUCGCAAGAGUGCAUGUCUCCAUCGGCCAUGCGGCAUCAGCUAGCCCGUCAAGAGCUCAGUUGCACCGGCGUCUGAGCACGUCUCCCGCCACUGCCCGUUCUCCCCACGCCGCCACCCUUCCGUCUCCAGAUGUCAAUCGCCGUGAGGUCACGGCUGUGGCAGAUCAACUGCGAAGGGUGAUGAGCAUGGACGGUCAAUCGUCACAAGGGCCAGGCCGGUGAUGGCACAUCGUUACGGACAUGACGUCACAUAACCGAGCCUCGGGAUAAGCUGAACUUC